AUGAAUAUAUUUAUUCUUCGUAAGUUUCUUUUAGUUUUAUUUUUCCUGGUGUUAAUGACGAUAAAUGUUAAAAGUUCGAUAAAACUUGUAAAACGACAAUCAUCGAAUAUUCGUCUUGAACGUUCUAAUUCUCACAGUAUUAAUCGUGAUGAUCAACCUGUUCGUUUUUCAUCUCAAACUCUUAAAAAAAACAAAAAUGAAAUAAAAUUAAUUCCUAAACAAAAUUCGGUAAAUCUAUGUAAUGGUUCAUACAUAAAAACAAAUGGAACAACAUGUGGUCUUAAAGAAAUCAUGAUUGGUCGUUGUAAUGAAUAUCAAUAUUUAAAACGUGGUCUUUAUCUAUCAAAUACUACUCAAAUAAAAAAUUGUUCAAAACUUUAUGAAUUAUUUGAAUCUGCUGCUCGUUAUAAACCAUAUUGUAAUAUGAAUAUGAGUACAUAUGAAAGUUAUUUUCAAUAUGCACUUGCUGAUGUAAAUGCAAUUAAUCGAUCUCUAUUUUGGAGUGGUACUUAUACAUUAGCUCAUGAUUAUAGUAAUCGUGGUUUUAAUUAUAUUACAUUAGAAGAUACAUUAGCAGCAGCUAUGGCUGAUGGUUUAUCAUGGUGUGGAAAAGAAAAUGAUCCCCAAGGAUUUGAUUAUGUUAGUUGUCCAAAUAAUUGUGCAGAUAAUAUUUGGGCUGAUGAUGCUUUUUGGGGACUUGCAUCAAAAAAGUUUGCUGAAAAAGCAGCUGGUGAAGUUUAUCUUGUUUUAAAUGGAAGUCGAGCUAAUGAUCAACCAUCUUUUCGUAAUGAUUCAUUUUUUACAAAAUAUGAAUUACCUAAUCUUCAAAAAACAGGUCAAUAUCGAGUUAAGAAAUUGAUUGUUUUACUUAUGCAUUCACCUGAUCGAAAAGUUGUUGAAAGAUGUGGUGAAAAAAGUUUAAUUACUUUACAAAUGAGGGUUCAAAGUUAUGAUAUUGAAUAUUUAUGUAAAGAUGAUCCAGAAGAAUUAAUUUUAAUUAUGUGUAAUGAUCAAUUAGAAGCACGAGAAUGUCAAAUAGCAAAACACGUUUUAAGACAACAAUGGGAUAAAAAAUUAUUUGGAAGAUCAAAUGCUAAUUAUCAUUCUAUAUCAUUUUUAGUUUUAUUUUCUCUUAUAAUAAAUUAUUUUCUUUAA